AUGGAGGAGUACGACGCUGCCUUUCUUGAGGGGGUUUAUGAUGAGCUCAAAGAACCGCUAGAUGCUGCGAAAGCCGAAGAGCUGCUGAAGCCUUCUCGUCUGCUGCAGUACAGCAGCAGAAACGAAUUAAAAAGAAAACAAAACCAAAAAGAAAACACAAACGGCAGCAGCACGUCGCAGCAGCAGCUUAUUAUGUUCGCCUCAACCAAGAACAUACCAGAGGACGGUGGCGGCUCAGAGCUGCCGCCGAACGCCGAAGAAGCGAGACGCAGCUACACGCAAGAAGAGAAAGCAGACAACAGAACGCGGGUCUUCUCCCCCGUGCGGCAACGCGUCCGAGGCACGAACAGCGGCGUUGCAGGAAGCGGCGGCUCGAUUGCUCAGCAACAACCAACAGAGGGCCCCGCCCCUAAACUAUCGCAGUGGAGGCGCGUGAGCCUAGCAACAACAAAAAGCAGCGAGACGGUUGGGCUUCGUUUGCCUUUGACUGAGAAGACCCUCAAGACUCACGACAAGCAGCUGCAAGAAAACGCGAGGAGGGGAGCUGCGACUGCGGCUCACGCAGAGGAGGAGACCAGUGGACCACUCGGGAUGGUCCACCGGGCAGGAACAGGUGACCCGGCAGAGGAAGAAAUGCAUGCAGAUGAAACAAAUGAACAAGAAAUGCUACAAACAGAAAAAAUGCAAACAAACAACAGAAACGAUGAAACCCACUCAGAGCCGCCGCUGCUGGAACCCACUGGAAACCCAAAACGAAAACAGCCGCAAACACAGGUCCACCACCUGCAGCAGCAGCAGCAGCAGCAGCAAAGACCCUCAAGACUCACGACAAGCAGCUGCAAGAAAACGCGAGGAGGGGAGCUGCGACUGCGGCUCAAGCAGAGGAGGAGACCAGUGGACCACUCGGGAUGGUCCACCGGGCAGGAACCGGUGACCCGGGAGACGAAGAAAUGCAUGCAGAUGAAACAAAUGAACAAGAAAUGCUACAAGCAGAAAAAAUGCAAACAAACAGCAGAAACGAUGAAACCCGCUCAGAGCCACCGCUGCUGGAACCCACUGGAAACCCAAAACGAAAACAGCCGCAAACACAGAUCCACCAGCAGCAGCAGCAGCAGCAGCAGCAGCAGCAGCAGCAGCGGCAGCAGCAGCAGCAGCAGCAGCAGCAGGGAGCAGCAGAUACUCCUUAUGGUCAACAGACUCUUCUGCCGCCUUCUCCUUCCUCCCUCAAACGCUGCGAGGCCGGAGGGAACGGAUCUGCUUCUUCUGCAUGCAGCACCAGAGACGGGCUCUGGGGGAGAAGAGAGAGAAAGCGAGCGCAGCAAACGAUAUAUGAAACGGCAGCAGCAACAGCAGGAGCUGGUGCAGCAGAUGCAGCAGCAGCAGCAGCAGCAGCAGCAGCAGCAGCAGCAGCAGGAAUCUGCUUCUUCUGCAUGCAGCACCAGAGACGGGCUCUGGGGGAGAAGAGAGAGAAAGCGAGCGCAGCAGACAAUAUAUGAAACGGCAGCAGCAACAGCAGGAGCAGGUGCAGCAGAUGCAGCAGCAGCAGCAGCAGGAGCAGCAGCAGGAGCAAGUGCGGCAGCAGAAGCGCAGCAGGCGUCUGUCUUGUCUCCAUCUGUUGCUACCCCGUUUCUUAUGGAUUCAAACAAAAGGAUGAAAACAACAGAAAAACAAACAGAAACAAUAAAAGAGAGAGAAAACGAAACAGAAGACAGCAGCAGCAUUUGCACCGCUCUCCAGCUGCAGCUGCAGCAGCAGCAGCAGCAGCAGCAGCAGCAGCAGCAGCAGCAGCAGUUCUCAGCCAGAGCAGCAUGGCAACUGGGCGUUGAGACGGAGAGCAUCGCAGAUCUAUUGAUCCUCGUCAAGAGAAAAGUGCAAGAAACAAAACUAGCGAAGGUGGAGGCAGCACGGCAGACGGCAACGAAACUGCAGCAGAAGAUAGCUAGAAAGCUGCUGCUGCUGCUGCAGGCGCAGCAGGAGGAGCGGCAGCAGUUGCAGCGGGCGUAUGAGGAGGGCAACGAAGCUGCAGCAGAAGAUAGCUAG